AUGGUCUCUAUGGUCGAGACCGCCUCCCAUCACGACCACAAUGACACCGUCAUGGACCCGGUCGUCCCCAAGUCAGAGCCUUUGCCUGAUGGUUCCAUCAGCUCGACGGUGUCCACGCCAGAUGCUGAGGCCGAACCCUUAACACAAGAUACCACCCAAACACAGAAGCGAAAAGGUGGUCGAAAACCUAUUUAUGCUACCUCAGAGGAACGGAAGCAGCGUAACCGACAGGCCCAGGCUGCCUUCCGUGAACGUCGUACGGAGUAUAUUCGUCAGCUAGAGACUACCAUCAAGCGCAAUGAGGAGUCUCUGCAGAGUCUGCAACAAAGCCAUCGCAGCGCGGCAGAUGAGUGUCUGAUGCUACGAUAUAAGAACUCGUUGCUCGAGCGGAUCUUGCUUGAGAAAGGCAUUGAUGUCCAAGCUGAGCUACGGCUAAAGACUGGGGCUCCAGGGUCAUCGGCCAAGCCCAACCCAGUGCCCGCCAAAUCGGGCAAUAUGCCUCGUCCCUCCCAAAGACAUCCAGCAGGCAUAGCCUCCAAGCCGGAUGCUUUCGCCAUCUCCCAGCGUGAAGGUGCCUACGGUGUUCCAUCGCCCCAGUUCCAAGCCACUCCGACUUCCCAUGUAUCCUCGCCAUCACACGCCAAAUCGCCAGGCUAUGGCUUCCAGGGUGGGAUGUCGCCUGUUGAGGUCAACGCCCAGGGAAAUGGACGUCCUCAAUUGCUACCCCAACCGCGGACGUUCACCAGCCAAACCUCACCAGGUGCAAUCAGUAUGCCCCAAACCGAUCCCGCAGAGAAGGCUCGUGGGCCUCGUGGUGCGCGAGUAGCGGCAGCUUAUUACCCAUCUCCCUUCCAGAAGCAUUAUGACCAACUCGAACAAGAGUACGACGCACAAGCCGAUCUUGUUGACGAUGACCACGACGGCUCCGUCAACGCCUCAUACGUCCCAGGCUUCACGCCACAGUCAGUGGCCUCGGGCUCUCACAUGACGGGCUACAAUCCAUCCCAAGAUGGAGCGCCCGGAGAUUACGGCAAUGCCAAUCAACUCAUGGCUCAAUAUGAGCCUAUGUUGGACGCAGAUCCGUUCGGGCUAAGUGCCAGUAUGCACUUCCCGACGCCGUUUAACUACGAACAGAACAAUCCUCGCUCUUGA